AAACCCACCAUUAUAUCGCCUCCCACUUCUCAGCACUAAUAGGACGCACUUAAACUAAUCCAAACAAAUUAUAGAACAUCGAAAACAGUAAGGCAAGGGGACGAGCAGGCCAUAACAAAACAGUGAAGCAGGUUUUUAGAUGACUUACACCUAGUGGAUUAUGUCUCCUGAAAACACGCCAUAUUGGAUUUCGCUAACAAAUUGUCGCUGAAAUACUGCAGCUAGACGAGGCGUGUUGUGGCAGCUACAAGACGUGUGACAGUGCUCAAAAUUAUUCUUUCAUGAAGAAUAUUGUGGAAGGUCUGGAACGUGAAGUAUUUUGUUAAAGUGAAGGAAAACAUCUUGAUGAGAGCCCUAAAGAGUUACCAUCAGUGCAGAAUAUGGACAUGACACGGGUCUGUCCAUAAGGACAGAUGUAGCACUAGGGAGAGCUGAGUUGUCACAUAUGCGAGGCCUCUCUGGACCCUGGCUGAGAGGGAUCACACAAGGACAAACAAGGGGCAGGUGAAGCUGAGGAGACGUGAGGUGACGUGGGGCGGCUAUGUGAUGGCUAGUAGAAGACUCCUGCAUCCCCCACCAACCAUGAUGAUCCUACUAACCCUGGCCGCUCUCCCUGUCAUCUCUGCCCUCAUUCCUGAGGGAAUGGCACAGCCUGCUGAGAAUGUCCAGCCUCAGGUUACACAAUGUGAGCACUAUAAUAGGACUCAAUGUCCUAUUGACAACCCUCUCUCAUCCUUGUGUAAGAAGAAAACCAUUAGUUGUGAUGAGUGGGAUGAUCCAGGGAAGAUCAACCAGUGUUACGUGGUGUGGACCAACUUGUCUGGCACGGCGGAAGUGAUCUUCAAGGGAUGUCUGUGGGAUUACAAAGAUUGUAAGAAUGAGUGCAUCAGCAGUCAGCCAGUCAACAGUCUAACAAAGAAGAAACAUCACCUGUUUUGUUGCUGUGUCCACAACAACUGUAACCAGAAUUUCUCCUGGCAACCCAAAGCAGAGGUCCCUAGCACGACCCCAGUCCCACCCCAGGAGCAGGACAUGGUGCAGCCAGUGGCUUGGACCCUUGGCACUCUCAUACUAGUGGUGGUCACAGUAACAGUACUCUUCUACCUCUACCGCAGACGGAAAAUGGCCAACUUCAUGGCAAUACCACGAGUGGAGUCUGCAGCCCUAGUUCCUCCCUCUCCGCCAAUGGGCUUGCGACCCAUACAGCUACGAGAAAUCAAAGCCAGAGGACGCUUUGGUGCUGUGUGGAAGGCCAACCUUCAUAAUGACAUUAUUGCUGUCAAAAUCUUUCCAGUCCAGGACAGGCAGUCAUGGAUUGUGGAAGUUGAUGUGUACUCCCUCCCCCAGCUUUCCCAUGAAAAUAUUCUACAGUUUAUUGGAGCAGAGAAGCGUGGUGAAAACCUUCAGGCAGAGUUUUGGCUUAUCACUGCUUACCAUGAAAGGGGUUCUCUAUGUGACUAUCUGAAGGCCAAUCUUGUGACCUGGGCUGAGCUGUGCAAGAUUGGGGAAUCCAUGGCCCGUGGGUUGAUGCACAUACAUGAGGAGCAGCCAGCCAGCAAGUGUGAGGCCCUCAAACCUGCUAUUGCACACCGAGACUUCAAAAGCAAGAAUGUCCUGCUGAAGAAUGACCUGACUGCCUGCAUUGCUGACUUUGGCCUUGCCCUGGUCUUCCACCCUGGACAGCCCACUGGAGACACUCAUGGGCAGGUGGGCACAAGGAGGUACAUGGCCCCUGAGGUCUUGGAAGGUGCCAUCAACUUCCAGCGUGAUGCCUUCUUGCGCAUUGAUAUGUAUGCCUGUGGCCUUGUGCUGUGGGAACUGUUGUCCAGAUGUUCAAGCAUGGAUGGACCCAUACCUGAGUACCAUUUGCCAUUUGAAGAAGAGGUUGGUCAGCACCCAACACUGGAUGACAUGCAAGAGUGUGUGGUCACCCAGAAGGCAAGACCUGUCAUUCAGGACUCCUGGCGGAAGAAUGCUGCCGUGAUGGGACUGAUAGACACCAUGGAGGAGUGCUGGGACCAUGAUGCAGAGGCCCGUCUCUCAGCCUCAUGUGUGGUGGAGAGGCUCACCAGCUUCUCCAGGAAUCCCCAGUUUUCCCCUACCUCAAAUCCACAGAAGGAGUCGAGUAUAUAAGGCCAAGGUGUGGUGGCCACGUACCUGGACAAGUACCUGUGCUGUAACCGC